AUGAUGGUGAACUUUGCCGUCUGCAGGGUUGGGUUGGGAGCUUCUGUCCAGGGGACGACACUGUGUCAGAAACGCCUCGAGGAUGGAUUCACAGAAAGACUUCUUAAGAUGGAAAAAGGAUACCCAGGACAAGAAUCAGCUCCGCCCUACCCUGGCCCCCCCAUGACCUAUGGGGUUGCACCACCCCCACCUGGGCUGAACCCAGCACUUAAUGUAGGAUCCCCACCUGUUGGAUACCAAGGAGGUACGUCUGCCACAGCUGCAGUGACUCAUCUGGUGGUAACACCUUCUCUGCAAGACAGCCCCGGACAAGCAAUAUGCCCCCACUGUCAGCAGACUGUGGUUACCCAGAUAACGCGCACGGCAGGCCUGAUGACAUGGGCCAUCUGCGGAGGCCUCACCAUAUUUGGGUGUUUUCUCUGCUGCUGUAUACCAUUCUGCGUGGACGCCUGCAAAGAUGUGGAGCAUCACUGUCCAUCCUGCCACAAAGUCAUCUAUGUUUACAAGCGGUUAUAAAAUGCUCCAGAUUGGGAACUUGAUGCUCAUUAUGACAUUUCAAUUAGGUAAAUGUAAUGGUCAUAGUAAACAUUGCAAAGGCUAAGUAAGACCUGUUUAUUUGUGAUGCGUGGAUGUGGCAUGGGAGAUCACACGAAUAAAUUAUUAACCAGUCAGUGGAAAAAAUGUGCAAGUGAUGAAUUAUCAGUCAAUGUGUAUUGUCCCUCAAGAAGACAACUUCAAGUGCUAUUAUGAUGUACAAACAAGAAUAAACACACGUGCAAUUAUAAA